AUAUUAAAAAAAACUGUUUUUAUAAUGUUAAAAAGAUAUAUACGAAGUCAAAUUAUAUCAUUAAGUUAGCAUCAUUUUCCAUAAAAAUGUUUAUAUCCGUUAUAAAUUGUUAAAAUCGAGUUGAUAUUUAAUUGCAAAAUAUGCAUCGUCACCUUCGUCCCUAUUAUUAAUGUUUUUAAUACUAAUGUUUUGUCACGUGACGGCUCCCGUUAUCAAUGUUAUCAGUAUUGUCGUAGUUUUCGCAUUUCAAUCUUUGAUCUUUGAAAUGAAUGCAACAAAAUCAUCAUUAAAAACGUGACCGAGACUAAUGAACAAUUAAAUUUUAUAACAAUAAAUUUUUUUAAUCAACUUGAACACACCUAACAUUGUUCACUUUAUUAAUCAACAUUUUUAAUUUUGAAUUAAUUUUUUUAUUGCACCUUAUAUACGGGUUAUCGUAACGGCAGUAUGGGGACAAUGAUAAUUGGAGUACACUUUAUACUUUGUUGAGGAUACUUUUUUUGGGAGGAGUAAUAGGAGGGGGUUUUACGAUUUAGCAAUGUAUGAUGAUAUUUGAGAAGUUAAACGAUAAGCCUAGUACCUGGUGUCAGCGUAGUUAGUUAUCUACUUUUGUUAGGGAAGCAUUAACACUACAAUAAAUUUGGUAAGGGGUGUGGUGCUUUCAAAUCUUGAAAAAGAAAUUUUUUCAAUUAGUUAAUCGGUUGUAAAAAUCAUAAUAACAUGAAAUUCCCAAAUUGGAAGUGUGAUAAUUAUUCUGAUGAAGAAAGUUUUUCUGAUGAUGAAGAUUUAAGUUUAAAUAUGGACAUUGAGGAAGAUUUUCCUUACAUCACAAACGAUUCUACGUCCACUUGUUCGGCGUCCAGUCCAAGAAAAGGAAAUAGUAAAUCAAGCGGUGGCUGUAACUCGGAAAUUGGGGACAUGAGUUUUAGUAUGUUCGAGUAUAUCAAAGAUGCGAUGAGGGCGAUGGAUAUGAUGCGUGGCCAUCAAAUGUUAACAGAUGUAAUUUUAGAAGUAGGAACAGAAUUAUUUCACGUUCAUAGAGUAGUUUUAGCGGCAGCUAGUCCUUAUUUUAAAGCAAUGUUCACGGGAGGUUUAAAAGAAUCGGAAAUGAAACGGGUGAAACUCCAAGGGGUUUCGCCGACGGCAAUGAACCGACUGAUACAUUUUAUGUACACCGGAAGGAUACGAGUAACGGAAAACACGGUGUGUCAACUUUUACCUGCCGCGACGAUGUUUCAGGUUACGAACGUGAUUCAAGCAUGCUGUGAUUUUUUGGAACAACAAUUGGAUCCUAGUAAUGCUAUUGGCAUUGCUAAUUUUGCAGAACAACAUGGUUGUAAUGAUUUAUGUAGGAAAGCCAAUCAGUAUAUUGAAAGAAAUUUUAGUCAGAUAUGUCACGAAGAAGAAUUUUUACAAUUAAGCGCCUUUCAAUUAGUAAAUUUGAUCAAAAAAGACGAAUUGAACGUACAAGAAGAAAAAGAAGUAUACAACGCAGUUUUAAAAUGGGUAAAAUACGACGAGGAUACCAGACAUGUAAAAAUGGAGAACAUAUUAUGCGCAGUUCGAUGUCAGUUUUUAACGCCAAAGUUCCUUAACGAUCAAAUUGCGAAAUGCGAUGUUUUAAAAAAAACACCAGCAUGUAGAUUGUAUUUAUCAAAAAUAUUUCAAGAUCUAACGUUGCAUAAACGAACGGCUGUUAAACAACGUACCCCAAACACGCCUAGAAUAAUUUAUGUAGCAGGGGGUUAUUUUCGACAAUCAUUAAAUGUUUUAGAAGGUUAUAAUGUUGAUGAUAAAACGUGGCAUCAAUUGGAUAAUUUAACCGUACCUAGAUCUGGAUUAGGAGGAGCUUUUUUGAAGGGCAAUUUUUAUGCUGUCGGUGGAAGAAACAAUACUCCAGGCACAAAUGACGAUUCCGAUUGGGUUGAUAGAUACAAUCCAAUUAAAGAUACUUGGAGACCUUGUAGUCCUAUGUCUGCACCAAGAAAUCGAGUUGGAGUUGCUGUUAUGGAUGGGCUUUUAUAUGCAGUCGGCGGUAGUGAAGGAUUAAAAUAUCAUAAUAGUGUUGAAUGUUACGAUCCAGAAAAUGAUCGAUGGACAAAUGUAAAACCAAUGCAUACAAAGCGUUUAGCACCUGGAGUAACAGUAGUAAAUCGAUUACUUUACGCAAUCGGUGGUUUUGAUGGUAAAAAUCGUUUAAAUUCAGCUGAAUGUUAUCAUCCUGAAAACGAUGAGUGGUCAUUAAUAGCCCCAAUGCAUACCGCGCGAAGUGGAGCAGGAGUAGCUGCAAUAAACCAAUUCAUUUACGUUAUUGGUGGAUUUGAUGGGACCAGACAAAGAAAUUCUGUGGAACGAUAUGAUACGGAACGCGAUGUUUGGGAAUUUGUAACCUCAAUGAAAAUAUCUCGAAGCGCUUUGAGUGUAACAGUGCUUGAUUGCAAAAUUUAUGCGAUUGGUGGAUAUGAUGGACAAAACUUUUUGGAUAACGUGGAAGUUUAUGACCCCGCUCGUGAUGUUUGGGAGGAUGGGGUACCAUUAACGUCAGGAAGAUCAGGACAUGCGAGUGCCGUUUGUUAUCAAAGUCCUGGUUUACAAACGUGUGAUAUUUCACCAAGACCGAGUUGUUCCGAUCAUUUUAGUCCAAGAUCGAAUAGUUCGUCACAUUUCUCAAGUCCGAGAUCGAAUUAUUCGAUUACGUAACGUACAAAGAGUUUUUUUAAUAUUACAAUUUUUAUUUUAAAUGUGAUAUUUAGUGACGUUUCGUUCUAUUUAGGUUAAGUGUAAAUAUUCAGUAUAUUUUUUUUACUAAUUAUUUAUUUGUAUGUUCUCUCUAGAAUCUAUUUAUUGUUGUAGUCUUUUAUAAUUUUUUUUUGUUGUAUGUAGCUACAUAAAUAUGUGUAUAUGUUACUUAUUUAAACAAAAAUUAGAUGUAAUUAUUGACGAAACAAAAUCAUAAAGCAUUCCCUUUUUUCUCUUUUGAAAAUUAUUUUUGUUAGAUUUACACGAUGUUUAUCAUUAUGUAAAAUCCUUUGUAUUAUUUACAAUACAUUUUGCUAUUGA